GGAGGGCGGCCGCCGGUCGGGGAUGGGCGCCGGGGGACUCCGCGCGCUGCUCCUGGCGCUGGUGGCCGCGGGGACCCCGGCGAGCGCCUACAAUCUCGACCCGCAGCGCCCCGUGCGCUUCCAGGGCCCCGCCGGCGCCUUCUUCGGCUACGCGGUACUGGAGCAUUUCCACGACAACACGCGCUGGAUCCUCGUGGGUGCACCGAAGGCAGAUUCCAAAUACAGUACUUCAGUUAAGUCCCCUGGGGCCGUGUUUAAGUGCCGUGUACACACCAACCCUGACCGGAGAUGCACCGAACUGGACAUGGCUCGAGGGAAGAAUCGGGGUACACCCUGCGGAAAGACCUGUCGGGAGGACCGGGAUGAUGAGUGGAUGGGGGUGAGCCUGGCCCGGCAGCCAGGUGCAGAUGGCCGUGUGUUGGCCUGUGCCCACCGCUGGAAGAACGUCUACUAUGAAACAGAUCAUAUCUUGCCUCAUGGCUUCUGUUACAUCAUCCCAUCCAACCUCCAGGCGAAAGGCAGGACACUGAUCCCUUGCUAUGAAGAGUACAAGAAGAAGUACGGUGAGGAACAUGGCUCCUGCCAGGCGGGGAUGGCAGGCUUCUUCGCUGAGGAGCUGGUGGUCAUGGGUGCUCCAGGGUCAUUUUAUUGGGCCGGAACGGUCAAAGUUCUGAACCUCACAGACAACACAUAUUUUAAACUGAACGAUGAAACAGUCAUGAAUAGGAGGUACACCUACCUGGGUUAUGCAGUGACUGCUGGCCGCUUCACCCACCCAUCCAGCACAGAUGUGGUUGGAGGUGCCCCACAGGAUGAAGGCAUUGGAAAGGUUUACAUUUUUAGAGCUGACCGAAGAUCAGGCACGUUAAUUAAGAUUUUUCAGGCAUCAGGUAAAAAGAUGGGCUCUUACUUCGGCUCCUCCUUGUGCGCAGUUGACCUGAACAGGGAUGGCCUUUCGGACCUGCUAGUGGGGGCUCCCAUGUUUUCUGAGGUCAGAGAUGAGGGGCAGGUCACCAUCUACAUCAACAGAGGAAAUGGAGUCCUUGAGGAGCAGCUGGCCCUGGGUGGGGACCAGGCCUACAACGCGCACUUUGGGGAGAGCAUUGCCAGCCUGGGAGAUCUUGAUGACGAUGGCUUCCCCGAUGUGGCCAUUGGCGCACCCAAAGAGGAUGACUUUGUGGGUGCAGUCUACAUCUACCAUGGCGAUGCUGGAGGGAUCAUCCCACAGUACUCAAUGAAAUUGUCUGGGCGGAAGAUAAACCCAGUCCUGAGGAUGUUUGGGCAGUCCAUAUCAGGAGGCGUUGAUAUGGAUGGAAACGGCUAUCCUGAUGUCACCAUUGGCGCCUUCAUGUCUGACAGCGUGGUUCUUCUGAGGGCCAGACCUGUCAUUACAGUGGAUGUCUCCAUUGUCCUCCCAGGCUCCAUCAACAUCACAGCGCCUCAGUGUCAUGAUGGACAGCAGCCUGUAAACUGCCUGAAUGUCACUGUCUGCUUUAGGUUCCAUGGCAAACAUGUUCCGGGAGAAAUCGGUCUGAAUUAUGUUCUUACAGCUGAUGUGGGCAAAAAGGAGAAGGGCCAGCUGCCCAGGGUCUACUUUGUGUUUCUGGGAGAGACUGCUGGCCAGGUCUUGGAGAAGUUGCAGCUGGCCCACAUGGAAGAGAUGUGUCGUCACUAUGUGGCCCAUGUUAAGCGGAGGGUGCAGGAUGUCAUCAGCCCCAUUGUGUUUGAAGCCGCCUACAGCCUUGGGACACAUGUGACUGGGGAGGAGGAAAGGGAGCUGCCAGCUCUGACACCAGUUCUGCGAUGGAAGAAAGGACAAAAGAUUGCCCAGAAGAAUCAGACUGUCUUUGAAAGGAACUGCCAAUCUGAGGAUUGUGCCACCGACCUACAGCUUCAGGGUAAACUGUUGCUCUCCGGUAUUGAUGAGAAAACCCCCUAUCUAGCUUUAGGGGCUGUGAAGAAUAUCUCCCUAAACAUCUCCAUCUCCAACCUUGGGGAUGAUGCCUAUGAUGCUAAUGUGUCCUUCAAUGUGUCCCGGGAGCUCUUCUUCAUCAACAUGUGGCAGAAGGAGGAAAUGGGCAUCUCCUGUGAGCUGCUAGAAUCAGACUUCCUCAAAUGCAGCGUGGGAUUUCCUUUCAUGAGGUCAAAAUCGAAGUAUGCUUUCAGUGUAAUCUUUGAUACAAGCCACCUGUCUGGGGAAGAGGAAGUUCUCAGCUUCAUCGUUACUGCUCAGAGCGGCAAUGUGGAGCGUUCUGAAGCCCUGCUUGACAACACUCUCGUCCUGACAGUGCCUCUGGUGCAUGAAGUGGACACGGCCAUCACCGGAAUCAUGUCUCCAACUUCAUUUGUGUAUGGUGAGUCUGUGGACACGUCCAACUUCAUUCAGCUGGAUGACCUGGAGUGUCAUUUUCAACCCCUCAACGUAACCAUUCAGGUCUAUAACACUGGCCCGAGCACCCUUCCUGGAUCAUCCGUCAGUGUGUCAUUCCCCAACCGACUGUCACCUGGUGGUGCAGAGAUGUUUCAGGUCCAGGAGAUGGUGGUGGGCCAAGAGAAGGGAAACUGCUCUUUCCAGAGAAACCCAACCCCCUGCAUCAUCCCCCAAGAACAAGAAAACAUCUUCCACACUAUAUUUGCUUUUUUCACAAAAUCUGGAAGAAAAGUCUUGGACUGUGAAAAUCCAGGAAUGUCUUGCCUAACGAUACACUGUAACCUUAGUGCUCUCACUAAAGAAGAAAGUCGUACAAUAGACGUCUACAUGCUGCUGAAUACAGAAAUAUUGAAGAAGGACAGUUCAUCUGUCAUCCAGUUCAUGGCUCGAGCCAAGGUGAAGGUGGACCCUGCCCUGCAGGUGGUGGAGAUAGCCAAUGGGAGCCCAGAAGAAAUGAUGGUGGUCUUUGAGGCCUUGCACAAUCUGGAGCCCCGCGGCUAUGUUGUGGGAUGGAUCAUUGCCAUAAGUUUGCUGGUGGGAAUCCUCAUCUUCCUGCUGCUAGCAGUGCUGCUGUGGAAGAUGGGUUUCUUUCGCCGAAGGUACAAAGAAAUUAUUGAAGCCGAGAAGAACCGAAAAGAGAACGAAGACAGUUGGGACUGGGUCCAGAAAAACCAGUGACCUGCCACACCAGUCAUGUGACCCAAUCACUAGCCUGUUGUCCUUGAUCUUUGUAUCUUCCAUAUUUGGAAGAAAAGAAUCUUCUCCAGAUUUUUCGGAGGCCCCACUGAUGCUGUUCUCGUCCUCAUUCUUUCAAGCCCGGGUGCUAGCCUGAGGCAGCCACUUCCACGGGCCAUGUCACAUGACCAGAGCCAGCACCACUUCCUGUUUAAAGAUAACUCUGAACUUUGGAAAGCAAGCUACAGAGCCAAGUGAUAUUUAUGGAUGCAAGAUGCGUGGUCAACCCUCAGGGGAAAACUUAUCUAAAAGUAUUUUUAUAAAUAUAAGCCUUUUAUACUGAUCAUGUCUUUAUAUUUGUAUCAAUGAUUUAUUUCUAUUAAAUAGCUAUAUAAUUCACUCAUGCACUGAUAUCUGGCCUGACAUCUUGGAAAUACACUCACUCAUAUUCAAAUGUUAAAGGAUAAAACUUUUGCUGUACUUUGGAACUUUCUGUUCAGAAAGACUUGCAGAUAAAAUAAGCUGAAGACACUUCAUGAAAUGAAUCCACCAUGCUGGCAGAGCUACAGAUAAACUAGAUAUGGCGAGACCCAGAAGAGAUUUCACAUUUUUAUUGCCUGGAGUCAAGUGUGGAGCCGUGUACUAAGGAACUCUUAAGUGCUUUCUCACAUGCACCUUUCAUUGGAAGCUUCCCAACGGCAAUAUAAUGGCAACCCUGGCUCCUAGCAGCAAGUCUGCUCUGCAUCACCCUUACGCAGCACACAUCUCACUUUCCUCCUCCUCCUCCUCCUCCUCCUUGAGUUGACAGAUGAAGGCUUGGAGCAAUGCUGCGUGGUCAUCUGAUAAACUUCAGACUGGCCUCUUGUCCUGGACACAGAUCAACAUGCGCUCCCCACAGAAACUAAAGCAGCACCUCAACCCCUCUGCCCAGCAAAGACUGUGUCUAAUUGCUGUGUGAGACACUGCCUUUUCAUGAAUUCUGGUCCAACGUCCCCGUUUCGCUUGCCUCUCUUGUAGUCCCCAAUGAGUGGUCGUUGCAAAUUUCUUCCUAGAGAUGACUAUCCAACCUGUCCUUUUUGUUAUUCUUAUUCUUUUAAGUGUUUUAGGUAUGAUUCCCAAAAAGUAGAUCCUGAAUCAAAGAUUUGUGUGCAAGGAAUUAUUAAAGAAGUGUUUACUGGAGGACAGCAGUAAGAGAGUAGAAGAGGAGGAUCAGGAAACUGAAGAAGCCAAGCAAACAUACCCAUUUUAGGGAAAGUCCCACCAAAGGCGGCUUCAGCCUGAUUACCUUUGAGGGUAAGUUACGUCUUGGAGUUGUCACGCCUGAAGCAAGGACACUGGGCUUUCUUAUUCCCACACCAAGGGGAAAUGUAAACUUUCUGCGCUCGAUCCCUACUGACCAUAAGGCUUUCUUCUUGACAGGAGGGCUGCCAGUGCAAUCCCAACCUGCAAGGCACAGAAGCAACGCAUAAAGCACUGAUGCCCUCUCUCCCUCCCACUGCCACCCUCAUAGGUGUGAAUGCUGAGUUGUGGCCUUCAGUAUUCAAGCUGUUUGACAUUACUGGUUGUCAGACAUGCUGUGCUGCCUGGUUUUGAGUGCAGUGUGAUUUUCUAGAAGGGUGAUGAAGUGAUGGAUACAGCGAGCUCACCACUGCAUCUGGCCCUCAGUGACCACUCAAUAACUGUUAACAAUGCUGGCUAUUACUCCACUGCUGGGUAACCACCUAGUACAGAAGAAAGCUUGGGGCUAAGCUCAGAGUCUGACCACAGUCUUAAUACUGUACUGUAGCUUGCUAAAGCUUAAGCUAUACAUAGAUGGCAUCAAGUAGGAAUGGAACAAUAUACAAAACAAGAAUCUUCUAAUGUCUUGUUUACUGGUUACAUGUUGGGUGUCUGUGAGCAUUAAGUGCUGGGCAGCUGCAAACUUGGCAUGGGGGCCAUGUCUUUUGGGUUAUGCAGCUGAGUCUUCAGCCAGAGGUGAUGAAUAUGUCCUGCUUCCAUCCUUGGUGAGCAUGGGAAUGGACAACAGAAAACAUGAUCCAAGCUAAUCUUAGAAGUCAGGGAUGUUGCCUCUGGCUGUGCAAUGUAAGCCCAGGAGUCAGCACAGUAUAGGAUCAAGCAAAGAAGUGAGUCCUCGCCCCGUGUGUUUAUGAAUUUUAUCAAAAAUAAUAGGAAAAAAUUUUUGUGUGUAGCUUAGUCACUCCUUUAACAGCCAUUCCCUGCUGAGGCCUCUGUUGUGUGUCAAGCACUGGACAGGGGCCAGGGGUUCCCAGAGAACACUGUAGGCACAGCGUGCCUCCAGGUGGCAAGCCUCGUACAAUGGGCAUACAGAGUGGAUUCCUUUACGGACUCCAUUUACACCUUUCCUUUGGUGGAGUCCUCUUAAUAAUGUCCUGUUUUACUUUAGUAAAUCAUUCGGGAUUCUUAGAUGUUAGACCCAGAACAGCUCCCUAAGCAAAUUUGUCCAAAUGCAAUGAGUAUCAGUAGUUUGCUUUCUGUAAGGAGUGCACAUACAUGGAGACAGUGUAGAAGGCCCACAGUUCUGCCAGUCACCAAGCCACCAGAGUGAGAGCACAGUGGAUGCUAAAUGGUAGGUCGUGUGAGCAGUCACUUACCCAGGAGGUCACUAAGAUGUUACAGGACAAUUUUUAAGGAAACUAAACUUGCCAUUACAAGAAGAAAAUAAUGGAAACCACGCCAGGGACCUAUCUGGGAAAGGACAAUGUCUCUGCUUAACUGGUCCUACUGAAUAGCAGGUAGACCUUAGAGACAAGAAGCAGCCUUUUAGAAGCAGCCUUUUAGCACAGAGGUGGAGGAAGAAGUCAAGCAUAUUGAGGGAGCUUUCUCUACUUGGGCAAUUGGCCAGCUCCAUCCCAGAGGCCCUCAGUUAGUUCUCAGGGGAAGCAAACAGCCUGGGCCAGUGUGUCUAUGUUGUCUCUCUAGAUUAUUUUUUUAAUUCCCCCUUUUUCAAAAAUAAUUUCCUUAUGCUUAGUUACAUCAGACUCAGAGUUUGGAACACCCCAAGGGAGCCUUGGAUAUGCCAAAAUGAAGAGGCCAUGAAGCUCAGAAACAAGGGGAUACUAGGAAUAGGGAUCAGGGUCCACUGACUAUGGGUACUGACAGGCACACAUCCAGACUCUUAGCCAGUGAUGUGGGGUAGGGGCUUCAGUAGACUCAGCAUCCUAGGGUUAGAGACCUGGCCAAGUAGAAGGUCCAGGAGAGAGUCCUUCUCCAAGAAAUUAUGGGUAGCUUCUAGUCCUUGAGCCAAAGACAAGGGUAUAAUAAACAAACAGAGCAGCAGGACACCUGUGGUCUGUCUUCCACACUUGCAGAAGUACAGCAGACCCCCAGUGACCACACUGCUGUGUGCUCCUGAUUAUCCCCAGCAUAGUGGGUCUUCAAAUGUUAACCACUUUUAUUUUAUUUUUGGAUAAGGCACUAUGACCUAGUGUAAAGCGUUACACCUGAUUGCCUGUGAAACAUACACUUGGAAAUGUAUGCUUGACUCCAACUUCCCAGAAUUUAGAGAAGCCACAAAAAAUUGUCUUGGGGGAGAGGUGUUAAUCUAGGAUGUAGCUCAUUACUAGAGUGUUCAUGUGUGAUCAAAUUUCUGAUGUUUGGAGAGAAAAUGGCCCUUUAGUGGACAAGAGGCAGAGGUGCUCCAAGUAGAAAAUGCUGCAAGUGUGCAGAAUUUUGGUGCUUUGAUAAUAAUAUAGGGCAGUUAGAUGCACAGUGGAAAAUACCUUCUGAAACAAAGGCCAAAGAAAGGAUACAGAGCCAGUAGGGCCCAAAAUGAACCUACACUGUCUUCUGAUUUUUCAGCACAUAAAAAAACACAUUUCCCAAGAUGGUGUGACACUGUAUAGCACACUGAUCUAGAUUUCAAAUGUUUUCAGGUGUUGUUUUGUUGUGUGGUGUUAAUUCUAACAUGCAUGGUGUGACGGCAGCAUGAGUUUCAAAGCUUUAGGAGUAAGGAGCGGCAUGCCAGGCGCCCACACUCCCUGCAUCUCCAGCUCCACUGAGGCAUCUUGUACACGUCUGCUGAGGAGUUCUGGUGGGAGGGUGUUCCACCUCAUGUCACGUGGAGUAAAGUCAUGUAGUCACUUCUAAUUCACUCGCACUGUUUGGGAAAUUCCAGGUUUACAAAACUACAUGUUUGGAAUAAAAAAUGCCUACAAAUGA